GAAAAAAGAACGGGAAUGCUGUUCAGGAAAUUCUUCAGGCAUGGGCAGGGACUUGGCUACAAUUCUGCUUUUGGAAAAUUUGACCAGGGCAAGCUUCUGAAAACGGGCUGGGCCUAGCCACACUCUGCAGGCACUGCUUGCCUCUCCCUUGGAACUCCUCAGCGUACCCUAGAACUGUGCUCCGUUUUCAUCUGCUUGCUUCUCAGAGAGGGAGACAGAGAGACAGAGAGGGAGACAGAGAAAGAGAGAGAGAGAGGGAGACAGAGAGAUGCCUCAGGAACAGUAUACUCACAACAGGAACAAUAUGCAAAGCUCUGAAGGACCGCAGGUAUACAAAGUAGGGAUUUAUGGCUGGCGGAAGAGAUGCCUCUAUUUCUUUGUUCUUCUCCUAAUGAUUUUAAUCCUGGUGAACUUGGCUAUGACCAUCUGGAUUCUCAAGGUCAUGAACUUCACAAUUGAUGGAAUGGGAAACUUGAGAAUCACAGAAAAAGGUCUAAGGUUAGAAGGAGACUCAGAAUUCUUGCAACCUCUCUACGCCAAAGAAAUCCAGUCCAGACCAGGCAAUCCACUGUACUUCAAAUCUGCCAGAAAUGUUACAGUGAACAUACUCAAUGACCAGACUAAAGUUCUUACUCAGCUUAUCACAGGUCCCAAAGCAGUGGAAGCUUAUGGCAAAAAAUUUGAGGUGAAAACCGUCGAUGGAAAAUUGUUGUUUUCUGCAGAUGACAAUGAAGUGGUGGUUGGAGCAGAAAGAUUAAGAGUCUUAGGAGCAGAAGGCACAGUGUUCCCUAAAUCUAUAGAAACGCCUAAUGUGAGGGCAGAACCCUUCAAGGAACUAAGACUCGAGUCUCCCACCCGUUCCUUAGUGAUGGAAGCCCCUAGAGGAGUUGAAAUCAAUGCUGAAGCUGGCAAUAUGGAAGCCACAUGUAGGACAGAGCUCAGGCUGGAAUCCAAAGAUGGAGAGAUCCAGUUAGAUGCUGCCAAAAUCAAACUACCUAGACUGCCUCGAGGAUCUUAUUCCCCUACGGGAACCCGGCAAAAAGUAUUUGAGAUCUGUGUCUGUUCCAAUGGAAGACUCUUCCUGUCUCAGGCAGGAAGUGGUUCCACCUGUCAGAUCAACACCAGCGUCUGCCUCUGAGAAAGACUGAGUGUCACGGACAGUAGAGGAUGGCACUGGUGCUGGUUUUUUUGUCUCAAUGAAUACUUGCUGUGGACUCUUUUGACUAGAACCCGGAAAGCGUCUUGGAGACCUUUUUUGGUGCGUGUGUGUGCGUUGUGAGUGUGUGUGAGGGUGGGGCUACGAGACAUAUAUAUAUUGAUAGAUAUAAAUAAAUAUAUAUAUAUAUAAAUAUAUAGAUAGAUAGAAAUAGAAUCCUCUGUAUAAAAGAAGGUUUCAGUACAAAAGGAUCCAUGGGUGACCCCCAUUUACACAUUAUCAGUCUCCCACAUCUAAAUUCAACCUCUAUCGCAGACUAUCAGACUGGAUAACUUCAGACUCCUGAAACAUAAUAACAAUGCAGUCUGCCAUACUAUGCCAUAGACUGGUAAGAUCCCUUUAACAUCAUGAAAUACCACUGGUGUCAGCCAAAAGUGGGACUCUCUUCAUGAUGAAGGGUGACAAGGCAGCUCUUCUUUCUCAUCAUGGUCCUGGGAGAUUUGGAGCAUCAACUCUGCACUUCAAGGCAGAACAGGGAUGGGAGUCAAGUACAGGGGAACCUAGGAAGCCCAUGUCUCAUUCUUGACCAUGUUAUGGGUUCUCAGCGGAGUGUGUUCAGGUUUUAGCAUAUUCUCCUCAUUCACAUGUGCCCAGUAUCUCAAUGUGGUAUUCCCUUCCAAGGAUGAUGAGUUAACUCCCUCAUCCAUGAAGCUGUGGCCAAUUUAAGGGGGGGCUAUAUUGUAGAGGAAGUAGGGAACUAUCUUAAAUCAUGGGUUGAGAAACCCCCUCAUUCUUAGCAGGAAAUUCUAGAGAAAAUAUCACAAAGUGGCUGCUGUUUAAAAUAUGUCCAGGAAGUACAAGUACCACAUUUGUCUAAGUACAGAGGGUAAACUCUGCAAAUGAAAUAAUUUUCUGUGAAGAAUAAAAUAAGAUGCAGGUAUUGUGCACCAGGGAAGGAGGACAAUGAGUCAUUAGCCAUCCAAAGGUUUGUUUGCUUGGGGGUUUUUUUGUUGGUUUUUUUAAUGAUCUAGAUUAGGGAAGAGGAUAAAAUCAAUCCAUUUGGGCCAGUUGGAUAAAGGAAAGAUUGUGAGCGGAUAUAUCACAGGAUAAUCUACUAAGAGAUGAAAUCUAACAAAGGUUAGGUUCAGUCAGAGGAGUUUGAUCUUUUUUUUUUCUCAAGUGCUUCCUCAGAGUCUGUGGGUGGACUAGAUUUUUCAGAGCAUUUUCUCACAAAGCUCUAGCUCAGAUCCACUCCAUCUAUGAUCCAAAGAGACAGAGGAUGGCAACAUAUUUGAGACCUUAUUACUGGAAAGGUCAAAUCCCUAUCUUCACUGAGUCAAUAUUCAAUGCAAUCUGCUUAUCAGAUGCAUAUGUCAUGUCAGUGCCAAGAUGGUCUUUUCCCUGCCCUUCUAGGCUUACUGAUUAUUGGGAAGGAAUUGGACAGGGGAUGGGCAAUGCAGAGAGGAGGACAGCUUUAACUACAGUAGCAGAAGUAUGAAAUCUCCCAGAGCCACUAGUGGCUGCCGCAUAACCAGACUGACUGUCACCAUACACUCCCAGCCAUCAGCUAAUUGAUUAUGUCUACAGCCAUCUUCCUACCACUGUCAAUGUGAGGGGUCACCCUGGAUUGCGGUUGUACUGGGACAAGGGACCGUACUGUCUCUGUUCAAAGAGGGGCAAAUCUGUGCCUAUGCCUUAAAGUCAAUGCACUUAGCAAGGAGAAGCACAUCUCAUUUA